CCGGGAAGAGACCACUGAGGGCGGGGGGACUGGGGCUGUCCCGGGAGCGACCACUGCGGCGGGGGGGAGGCUGUCCUGGGAGAGACCACUGCGGGGCGGGGGGGGGCAGAGGGUUCCGGUAGCCGGUGCGCGGCCGCAGCUCGCGGCGGAGCCGGGAUAGCCGGGAUAGCGGGAUAACCGGGACACCCCGCGGGCCCCCAGCCGGUGCCGAUGCCGAGGAGCAGCUGACGGCGGCGGGGACGCGGAAAUGGAGCCGCGGCCGGGCCGGGCCGUGCGGGCGCUGUGCGGCCUCUUCCUCCUCCUCCUCCUCGUCCUGCAGCAUCCCGGCCGCGCCGAGCGCGCCCCCGGCUCCCACCUGGACGAGUCGGCCAUCGCAGAGUUCUGCCGCAUCGACAAGGCCCUGUGCCACGACGAGGACGAGCAGCUGAGCUUCGAGGCCGUGCGCAACAUCCACAAGCAGAUGGACGACGACGCCAACGGCAACGUGGACGUGGAGGAGAGCGACGAGUUCUUGAGGGAAGACUUGAAUUACCAUGACCCAGCAGUCAAGCACAGCACUUUCCAUGGAGAGGACAAGCUCAUCAGUGUGGAAGAUCUCUGGAAGGCCUGGAAAACAUCCGAAGAGCAGUUUCUCGCCCUGUUGUGCAGGCUGGCAGUGAACAAUGCCACCAUGAUGGGGACUGUGCUCAAGAUGACCGACCGCAGCCACCGGCAGAAGCUGCAGCUCAAGGCUCUGGACACGGUGCUCUUCGGGCCUCCUCUGUUGACCCGUCACAACCACCUCAAGGACUUCAUGCUGGUGGUGUCCAUCGUCAUCGGCGUGGGCGGCUGCUGGUUCGCCUACAUCCAGAACCGCUACUCCAAGGAGCACAUGAAGAAGAUGAUGAAGGACCUGGAGGGUCUCCACAGGGCUGAGCAGUCUCUCCAUGACCUGCAGGAGAGGCUGCAGAAGGCGCAGGAGGAGCACCGCUCCGUGGAGGUGGAGAAGGUGCACCUGGAGAAGAAGCUGCAGGACGAGAUCAGCAUUGCCAAGCAGGAGGCACACCGGCUGCGGGAGCUGCGCGAGGGCACCGAGAACGAGCUCAGCCGGCAGAAAUACGCCGAGCAGGAGCUGGAGCAGGUGCGGAUGGCGCUGAAGAACGCGGAGAAGGAGCUGGAGUCCCACUGCAGCUGGGCUGCCCCCGAGGCCCUGCAGAAGUGGCUGCAGCUGACCCACGAGGUGGAGGUGCAGUACUACAACAUCAAGAAGCAGAACGCAGAGAAGCAGCUGCUGGUGGCCAAGGAGGGGGCUGAAAAGAUCAAAAAGAAGCGAAACACCCUUUUUGGGACGUUCCACGUGGCUCACAGUUCCUCUCUGGAUGAUGUGGAUCACAAAAUCUUAACUGCAAAGUUCAGCGACCGCUCCUCGCUGUCCUCGGAGGAUCAGUCCCUCUGGAAAUACCCUGCUCCGGCCUUGCCCAGCACAGUCCGGCAGCGCCUGGUGGAGCCGCAGCACGGCCACGGAUCGCAGAGACCUCCGUGGGCUGAGCCCUCGCUCUGCCGGCGGAGCUCCGCGCGCCAGGCCGAGCCCUCACUCUCUGCCGGUGGAGCUCCGCGGGCCAGGCCGGGCCCUUGCUCUCUGUUGGCAGAGCUCCGUGGGCUGAGCCCUCGCUCUCUGCCGGCGGAGCUCCACAGGCUGAGCCGAGCCCUCACUCUCUGGCGGAGCUCUGCAGGCCGGGCCGUGCCCUCACUGUCCCCGUGUGUCGUUGCAGCUCCGGCCUUGCCCAGCACAGUCCGGCAGCGCCUGGUGGAGCCGCAGCACGGCCACGGAUCGCAGAGGUUGGUAGAGAGUCUCGUGCCGGGGCAGCCCGAGGCAGGCCCCGUGGCCCCGCUGCGGGCGGGCCGAGCGUCCCUGCGCCGAAUGCACAGCCUCACCUCCGGACAGUCCUUCAGCUCCGACCUGCCCGGCUCCAGCCCAUCGCCUGCCUCCACCUCCUCCACCUCCUGCUCCUCAUCCACCACCACCGCACCUGCUCCUGCUUGCCAUGUCCACCCUAUCUAUUACCAUCACACCACCUCUUAUUUCCUCCAGAUGGAUUCCAUCCCCGACCUGCCCCCUCCUGAUGUCACCUCUGGAGUUCGCUGUCGCACUGGGAGCUUUGGAGAUUUAACUCGCUGCGACUCCGACUCCUCCAUCCCGCACCUGAGCGACCACCAGCGUAUCCCCAGCUCGGCGCCCAAGCUGCUGGCUGCCCGGCCCACGCUGCUGACCAGGUCCAUGGAGGAGGCUGUCCCCGCGGCCCCGGGCCCCGGCGCGCCCACCCCCAACGGCGGCAGCCGGCACGGGGAGCCCUCCGCCCUGGCGGCUUUGCAGGAGCGGCUGCCCGAGAGCCCCAUGGUGAUGAAGAAGAUGAUGAUGGUGAACCACGGCAUGGAGAAGUCCUCCAGCCUGGGGGAGAUCAGCCACCCGACGGCCGGCAAGCCCAGCCACUCGGAUUCGUCGCGGUCGCACAGCCCCAGCUCCACCGACCCCGACACCCCCUCCCCCAUCUCUGACUGCCGGCCCAGCGGCGCCAGGAACACCCGCAUCCCGCAGCUGGCCGCCAAGAAGAGCCCGGGGGACGAGGACAGCAGCCUGACGGGCGACGAGGUUGACCUCGGCCAGAGCAAGAAAAAGUUCCCCCUAAAGAUCUUCAAGAAGCCCAAGAAGUAGCGGGGGACACCCCCGGACGCGUCCGCCGGGCCCGGGGCCGGCCGUGCACCGGGAGCGCAGCGCGGCCCCGGCUCCCUCCGCACCCCGAGUCACCCCAGCGCCGGCACGGGAGGAGCUAUUUAAACUUAUUUAUUUCCUCAUCUCCGAGACGAGAAGCGCGAGAAGAGCCGCCCCUGCCUCCCUCCCUCCGACCGCUGCGGUCCCGGCUUUGCUGUGCAUGGCUUCCAGUUACUCCUGCUCUGCUCAGCCACGCGGCCUUUGGGUUUGGUUUCAAUGUGGUUUUAUUUUUUUUUU